AUGUAUAGCGGAUCUAGCGACGGCGAAAGCCACGACACCUCGACGCAGAGGAAGAUUCCUCCAGCGUCUUCGAUGCUUUGGGUCAGAAAUCUACGACGGUACAUUGGCUCCGGCGCCGGAUUAGGAUCCGAAGCUCUAAUGGAGCUUGAGACGAAGAGAAUCUUGCUCGAGAUAUUCAAAGAGAAGCAACAGAAAAGUCAAGAAGCAGGCACGAUACCGAGCUUCUAUAAGAAGAAACCAGAAGAAGGGUCUAUUAGUCAAAAGGUCCAGAAGCUUGCAAAAUACCGCUUCUUGAAGAAACAAUCGGAUCUUUUAUUGAACUCUGAUGAUUUGGCUGCUAUGUGGAAUUGUUUGAGAGAAAAUUGUGUGAUUGAUGAUGCCACUGGUGCAGAAAAGAUGAACUAUGAAGACUUCUGUCACAUUGCCUCUGUAUGUACUGAACAAAUCGGCCCCAAAUGUCGUCGGUUUUUUAGUCCAUCCAAUUUCAUGAAGUUUGAGAAGGAUGAGGCUGGAAGGAUUGCUAUUUUACCGUUCUAUCUUUAUGUGAUGCGCACAGUGUCGCUUACACAAGCCAGGAUUGAUAUGAGUGAGCUCGACCAAGACUCUGAUGGUUUUCUUGAAGUUGAUGAAAUGGAGUCCUAUAUUUCUGGUUUGAUCCCUAAUCUUGCACAACUGAGGGACAUGCCUGAGGCCUUUAUGCAAAUGUACUGCCGCAUAGCUUCACAAAAGUUUUUCUUCUUCUGUGAUCCCCAUAGGCGAGGCAAAGCCUGUAUUAAGAAGAUACUGCUCAGCAAUUGUCUGCAGGAACUAAUGGAACUGCAUCAGGAAAGUGAAGAGGAAGUCACAGACACAGAGCAGGCCGAGAAUUGGUUCUCUUUGACUUCAGCUCAACGAAUAUGUGAUAUGUUUCUUGCGCUUGAUAAAGAUAUGAGUGGAUCGCUUUGCAAACAAGAACUUAAAGAAUACGCAGAUGGGACUCUAACUGAGAUUUUCAUAGAAAGAGUGUUUGACGAGCAUGUCCGUCGUAUCAAAAGCAGCAAAGACAGCUCUCUUCAGAACAAAAACGAAAAAGGGAGCAAAGACACUGCCCGGGAAAUGGACUUUUAUAGCUUCUUAGAUUUCGUUCUUGCUUUGGAGAACAAAGACACUCCAGAGGGUUUAACAUACUUAUUCCGCUGUCUUGAUCUCCAAGGGAGAGGCUUUCUCACCACUGCUGAUAUUCACUCUCUUUUCAGAGAUGUGCACCAGAAAUGGAUAGAAGGUGGAAACUAUGAACUGUGCAUAGAGGAUGUUCGGGAUGAGAUCUGGGACAUGGUGAAACCGUCUGACCCGUUAAAGAUCACUCUGAGCGAUCUCUUGGGAUGUAAACAAGGUGGAACCGUUGCGAGCAUGCUCAUAGAUGUGCGUGGCUUCUGGGCUCAUGACAACCGUGAGAACCUUCUUCAAGAAGAAGAAGAACCACCGGAGGAAGAGUCACAAUGA